AUGCGGCUUAGAGAGAUCAAAACUCUGAAAGAAUCCUAUGGAGAGAUGUACAGUUGGAGAAAGCAAUGUGACGCCCUUGCCGAGAGGAUGUGGAAAAUGAUCCAUGGUAUGAUUGAACUAUAUACUGGCUUAUGUUUAGACAUUUUUAGUACAUGUAAUAAUGGUAAGAUAAUUUAGUUCGUUGUACCUUAUCCUGGUACAGGAUGGUCUGUACUUGUCUUAAAAGACUCCCAGGUCUUGGACGCAGGUCGCCGAAUAGUACUUUGGGUAAUUGAGGUACAUGUACUACCCUUUGUUGAGCUCAAUAGUUAUCGCUAAAUGUUUCAAAUGAGAAGUAGAGCACGUUGGAAUAAGCUGUUCAGAACACUAUGUGCAUUCAACAUUAGCGACAACAUUAUAGACCAAAUACUUAGCUAUAAAAUUUCUCAAGAAUUUCCUACAAAAAGUUAUUCUUGUUUUGAUGUGUAUCUUAAAAGCCCUAUUUUUUUUCAUUAAACAUCAACCUGAUGUAAUAAGUUUAAUAAAAUUGCCGUCAUAACGAAAGUUUGUUUUCACAGGAUCCUCUGCGAAAGAAAACAAAAACCGAAGAACAUACGCCCCUACUGAUAACGAUCGGCUUGUUUCCGAAACAUCCCCUGGUAGUAACUCUGAAAAGAAAGUUGAUGCUGCAUCAGGAAAUCAAACCAAAAUGUCCACAAAUACAGACUCUCAGUCUCAAAAUACCCGUAAGCGUAAACUUUCAGGAUCUUCCCGUGACCCAGGUAUGAAAUUUUUUUUCUCUCUACUGCUCACUCACAUGACUCUGAAGGGUGGGGUGAUUUGUUAGAUUUCACAGAGGUGCUUUUUUGAUAGAGAUGUUUCAGUACUGUUUGAUCUUUUUCCUCCGAAUUUUAGCGUUUUAUUAGACCCGAACGGGAUUCUGCCGGAAUUUCGAUAAUAGUCGUUCCUCAGUGGUGUCGUUUUUUACUUCCAGACAUCGUUAUCAAGCACAGUUACCAGGACUUGAGUGAUGAACAGGAAGAAAUAGUCCAUGACUUUCUAUCACGUCACAUACAAGUGUACAUCAAGCAUCGCAAGGUUGCAACAGCUGAUGAAGUGUCUGCUCUGAUCAAACAUAUAGAAAAGACGUACAACUUGGCCUUGGAAUCUGUUGGUGUGGGCUCUCUGGAAAUGAAGUUUCGAUGCCCCACCCUGGAGGGUCUUGAGCAUUUGUGGAGUGACUAUCAGUCAGGUUACCUUAAUGAGAUUGCU